AUGUCGGGGGCGGCGAGGACGGCCAUCUGCCUGCUGCGCUGCGACCUGCGUGCCCACGAUAACCAGGUGCUCCACUGGGCUCAGAGCAACGCGGAUUUCGUUAUUCCCCUCUACUGCUUUGACCCGCGGCACUACGUGGGCACCCACUGCUACGGCUUCCCAAAGACAGGGCCCCAUCGGCUCAGGUUUUUGCUGGAAAGCGUGAAGGAUCUAAGGGAAACACUCAAGAGAAAAGGAAGCACCCUGGUUGUGAGGAAGGGGAAGCCAGAAGAUGUGGUCCGCGAUCUCAUUGCUCAGUUGGGCACUGUCAGUGCCGUGGCUUUCCAUGAAGAGGCCACGCAGGAGGAACUGGAUGUGGAGCAGGGGCUGUGCCAGGUGUGCAGUCAGCACGGGGUGAAGAUUCAGACGUUCUGGACAUCCACGCUGUAUCACCGGGACGACCUUCCCUUCAGGCCUAUUGCCAGGUUGCCCGAUGUCUACACACAUUUCCGAAAAGCGCUGGAAUCUCAGGCGAAGGUGAGACCAACCCUACAGAUGGCAGAUCAGCUAAAGCCUCUGGCUCCAGGGGUGGAUGAAGGAUGUAUCCCUACAAUGGAGGAUUUGGGACAGAAGGAUCCUGGGACUGAUCCACGAACAGCCUUCCCCUGCAGUGGAGGAGAGACCCAGGCUUUAAUGAGACUGCAGUAUUACUUCUGGGACACGAACCUGGUUGCAUCUUACAAGGAGAAUCGGAAUGGACUGGUGGGAAUGGAUUACUCAACCAAAUUUGCACCAUGGCUGGCGCUGGGCUGCAUUUCACCUCGCUACAUCUACGAGCAGAUCCAGAAGUAUGAAAAAGAGAGGGCAGCAAAUCAGAGCACAUACUGGGUCCUGUUUGAACUGCUGUGGCGGGAUUACUUUCGAUUUGUGGCCCUGAAGUAUGGCAAAAGGAUUUUCUCAUUAAGAGGACUUCAAAGUAAAGAGGUCCCCUGGAAAAAGGACCUUCAGCUCUUUGACUGUUGGAAAGAGGGCAAAACGGGCGUCCCUUUUGUCGAUGCCAACAUGCGGGAGCUGGCUGCGACGGGCUUCAUGUCUAACAGAGGGCGGCAGAACGUCGCCAGCUUUCUCACCAAGGACCUGGGUCUGGACUGGAGGAUGGGGGCAGAAUGGUUCGAAUCCCUCCUG